AUGGGUAACCUUCCUCGGGACCGAGUAACGCCAACCCGACCGUUCCUCAGCACCGGCGUGGAUUAUGCAGGACCCAUCCUCCUUCGGACCAGCAAGGGACGUGGACACCGUGCGCACAAAGGGUACAUCGCAGUCUUCGUCUGUUUCUGGUCGAAGGCCACUCACUUGGAAGUCGUCUCCGACUACACCUCAGAAGCUUUCAUCGCCGCUCUGCACCGCUUCGUCUCCCGCAGGGGCCUCUGUGCUGAGAUCUACAGCGACUGCGCGACAGCCGAAGGUCAUCGUAUCUUCCUUGCCGCCACCGCUCAAGGAAUCCGCUGGCACUUCAACCCGCCAGCGGUCCCGCACUUUGGUGGUCUUUGGGAGACUGCAGUGAAGUCGACCAAGUUCCACCUCCGUCGGGUGAUCGGCGAGACCACCCUCACGUUCGAGGAGCUGAGCACACUCCUCGCCCAGAUCGAAGCUUGUCUUAAUUCUCGUCCAUUGCAGACACUCUCAGAUGACCCAGAGGACGUCUCGGCGUUGACUCCCGGUCACUUCCUCGUCGGGGCGCCGCUACUCGCUGUGCCGGAACCGUCAUUGACAGGGCAGACGGUAUCCACCUUGUCACGCUGGCGUCAUUUGCAGCAGAUGAGGGAUCACUUCUGGCAGCGCUGGUCAUCCGAAUAUUUGCACGGACUAGCCUCGCGCACCAAAUGGCUCAAGGACGAAGCUGCACCCCACGUCGGCGAUCUCUGUCUCGUGCGCUCCGAGCUCACCCCACCGAGCCGAUGGCCACUGGCUCGCAUAUCGCGACUGCACCCCGGGGACGAUGGGAUUGUACGCGUGGUGUCAAUCCGAACGGCCACGUCCGAGCUUGUGCGCCCACUCGUCAAGCUUGUUUUCCUCCCGGGCGUGAACGACGCACCUACACCGCACGGUGACACUUCGUAA